AUGAUGACUCAUUUCGGCAAGAGAUGUGAGAGGGACGAACCAAUGCGCUUCACCCUGCUCGACCGUAUCGAUCUGGACUGCGAUGGCCUCUUCGAGGGAGAUCAGCAUGCGCUCGCCUUCUACAAGGAUUGGGCAUAUGAUCAUCAUUAUCACACGGGUAUUUUAUUGGAUGCUGAUGACAGAUGUGCCGCCUUCAAAACCCAAUUCCAUUUCCAAGAGCGGCCGCUGAGCCGCGAAGAAGCCGAUUUCCCGCUCGCGUAUGGUCUGGUGGUAUACAAGAACAUUAUGCAGGUUCUCCACAUGCUCUCAGCCUUCUACCAGCCCCAAAAUCUGUAUUGCAUCGCGAUGGACGGCCAUUCUAACGAAACGUUUAAAGCGUUGAUGCGGAAUGUGGGGGGCUGUUUUUCGAAUAUUCACAUCAUCGAAAUCCCGAGGAUCGGUUGGGGCGAAUAUGGCAUCGUGACGGCCGUCUGGUCCUGCCUCAAAUAUGCUGCCGCUUCGCAAAAUCAAUGGAAAUAUUAUCAGUAUCUAUCCGGCGUCGACGUGCCUUUGAAGACGAACCUCGAGAUGGUACGCAUAUUCAAGGCCCUCAACGGUUCAAUGAACAUGGAAUUUAUCGAGUUCCAACCUGGCAGGCUGAAUGGCAGAAAGGUGCGUGGCGGACACACCUUUUUC